AUGAAACUGACUUUAUUUUUUACACUUUUCACGCUCUCGCAAGCAAUCAAUCACCCAUUUGAUUUUGUCGAGGAUUCUUUGAGAUUGUGAGAAAUUUUUUUGUAGCCCGGAAAACUUAGAUAAAGUAGUUUUCUAGGUACGUGAAUCAUGACGCGGAUCCUUGCGACAAUUUUUACCGUCACGCGUGUCCGAUUGGAGAAAAACCGGAGAAUUUGGUGACUGACGCAUUUGAGGAGAUAACGACAUAUCUGACGAAACUACACGAGGAUUCACCAUUCAAUAAUUUAACAAUUCUGGUCAGUUGAUGAGUUAUAUCCGAUUCAAAUCCUUUUUCAUACAAUUCAGAACGAUUUCAAAGAAAACGUGAAAAAAUACGCUGAAAUUGAGACCGUAGAAGAGUACUAUGCUGACACGUACAGAACUCUGUAGGAUCUAAGGGAGAAAUAGAAGAAAUACUUAAAAUUUUCAGUUGUGAGACAAAAUCUGACAAAGUUGUGGAUGAUUACAUCGGAAUGCUUGAUGAAAUAAUGAAGGAAAUAAUUGUUCUACAUGAUGACUCCCCGAUUAAACUUCCCGGCAGAAACGAGACCGGGCGAUCUUGCUCUGAAAAGGCUGAGAACAUUAGAUCAUCUCUGCAAGAAUUCGAGCCGAGGUUGCAAAGAAAGACUGUUAGUGAUGAAUUUAUUCUGAAUAACUUACAUACUUUUGUAGGCUGAAUAUGUGACCAGCUUCACAGAAGGAGUGCGCAUUUACCAGUCAACAAUUAAAGCAAUUAGUGCUCAUCUCGACAUUGACAUUCGAGAUGGAAUCAAGCAAACCAAAAAACUUGUAGAGGAUGUUGUGGAAAUUGCGGAGAAAUGGGUUGAGGUUUUUUACUAAAAGCUGGGAAAUACCUGAAAAUGACAGUUCAGGGAACUCCAUGGGCACUGAAAAACAAUGUGACUAAGAAGAUUAAAAAGAUCGGAUACCAGUUGUCAAUGUACGAUAAGUUCGGGUCAGACUACAUGGAAGCUUCGAACAUUAUUAUGGACGUCCACAAAACGUACUCGCGCUGUAAAUCUGUCUUUGACGAGCUGGGAAAGCCAAGUCCUUUCUGUUACCUUUACACUGCUCUCGUGAGCGACGUUGAAAUCACAAAUCCACACUUUUUCACUUAUGAUCAAGCAUACAAUGUGCAUCCUAAGCUCUUCUUCGGCUAUCCCAACUACUAUCACAUGCAAUUCGCCAAUGAAAUGGCGUCAAAGGUUAGUGUUAAUAUGUUUAAUGUUUGCAGUUAAAGCAAAAGAGUUCAGCUUGGGUACACUGGAUUUACUGUGGGACACGAAGUUGGGCACACUUUCGUCGACAAUCAUGAUGAGCCCCAGCUUUUCCCGUAUUACUCGGAAACCGCGGAAAGAUGCGUUCAGAAUCAGUACAACGCUAGCUGCAAUGAAUUCAAAGAAGUGAAUUUAGUUGAACUUCAACGCAACUAUUUGGUUUUUGCAGAUUUCCUGUGACGUCGAUAAGAUUCAGCUCGAUGAGAACGGAGCUGAUAUUCUUGGAAUGCAACUAGCCCAUAAACUUCUUGAAGAAUACUACGGAGAAGACAUUCAUGUGUCCACUCAUUUCACUGAUUUUUUCAAAUAUUAAUUUUUCCAGAAAAACAUCGACAAACUUGGAGUGACAAAUGCUCAACUUUUCUGGUAUUCGUUCGCAUUCCAGUUUUGCAAUGUAACUUUAAAACUCAAAGCAUUUCCUAUAAACUUAUUGCAGAGUCAUAAGAUAGAGAUUACUUUUCACGAGAAUGGCGACGAAGAUGAACACUCCACAAACUACGUGAGAGUGAAUGCAGCCGCUCAGCAUCCCGGAUUCCAGAAAGCGUUCCAAUGUUCGGAUGACUCCAGAAUGAUGAAAUCGGUUCGGGAACAGUGCAUUAUUUACGGGGAAUCAGCCCCGGACACACGGAAAAGACAUCAAAGACAUCUUCAAUAA